ACAGUUGAUAUUCUGUGCCCUGGCCGUGCUCGCCGAGGAACGUAAACCCAUUGAGUGUUUGGAUGCUUUUGGGGCCACUGGUAUAAUGGGACUGCAGUGGGCCAAGCACCUCCAGAGUUCUGUGAAAGUCACAAUUAAUGACUGCAAUGAAAAUUCCGUGACAAUGAUUAAGGAAAACUGUCACUUAAACAAAAUGAAGGUGAAGCUGAACACGAAGGAGGAGGACCAUGUUGAAGCCAUGGGAGAUGGAGAAGAAAGCACUGACAUCAUCGAGGUGACAAAAAUGGAUGCCAAUGUGAUCAUGCAUUUGAGAGCAUUUGAUUUUAUCCAUCUGGACCCCUAUGGAACUUCUGUGAACUACCUGGAUUCUGCCUUCAGGAAUGUGAGGAACCUUGGCAUUGUGUCUCUGACAUCCACAGACAUCAGCUCUCUGUAUGCAAAGGCUCAGCACGUGGCCCUGAGACACUAUGGGGGCACCAUUGUCAGAACAGAGUACUACAGGGAGCUGGCAGCUAGAAUUGUCAUUGCUGCUGUGACAAGAGCUGCAGCUCGCUGUAACAAAGGCAUUGAGGUGCUGCUGGCAGUAGCCCUGGAACACUUUGUGCUGGUGGUGGUCAGAGUUUUGCGGGGCCCAACACCUGCGGAUGAUUCGGCCAAGAAAAUCCGAUACCUCAUCCACUGCCAGUGGUGUGAAGAGAGGAUCUUUCAGAAAGAGGGGAACAUGCUAGAAGAAAACCCUUACCAGCAGCUGCCCUGUGACUGCCAUGGCAGUAUGCCUGGGAAGACAGCAGUGGUUCUGGGUCCUCUCUGGUCAGGAGCUCUGUUCAACACUGGAUUCCUCAGGAGAAUGCUCGUGGAGGCUGUGCAGUAUGGCUUGGAUGAGACUCAGCCCCUGCUGAAGACGUUGGUUUCCGAAGCAGAGUGCACAACUUUAAAACAUUUUACUACCCCCAGUGCUGGUGAUGAGAACAAACAAGAAGAGUGUGGAGUAUAUAUUAAAACACCGAAAGCUUCUACAGAAUCCUACUUGGUACCUGGGAAGAGAAAAACUGAGGAGGUGCUUCGCAGUGCAGUGAAGAGGCAGAAGGCUGAGCACAGUGCUGAGCACCCUGCGUUCUACUACAACAUCCACCGGCACAGCAUCAAAGGGAUGAACAUGCCAAAGUUAAAUAAGUUCCUGACCUAUCUGUCCGACGCUGGAUACAGAGUGAGUCGAACCCACUUUGACCCCAUGGGGGUUCGCACCAACGCACCCUUGGCACAGUUUAAG